UAGAUGAGUGAAUAUUUGAAUGGAAAUUCAAUAUAUGAGGAUUCAGUGAGGUUGGUGAUCAAAGGCCAGCCUAGGGAUCUAGAAAGAAUCAACACAAUUAUGACAUCCAUAGAUCUCUCAAGCAACCAUUUUGAAGGUGUCAUUCCGAAAACACUAAAGGAUCUCAGCUCACUUUGGCUACUCAAUUUAUCCCAUAACAAUCUCAUAGGUAAUAUUCCAAUGGAGUUGGGGCAAUUGAAUAUGCUUGAAGCUUUAGAUCUCUCUUGGAACCGGCUCACUGGAAAGAUUCCACAGGAAUUGACAAGAAUGAACUUUCUGGCGUUCUUAAACCUCUCUGAAAAUCAUCUCGUCGGACCAAUUCCUCAAGGUCCACAAUUCAACACAUUUGGAAAUGACUCAUAUGGAGGCAACCUUGAUUUAUGUGGUCUCCCUUUAUCAAAGCAAUGUGGAACAAGUGAUCCAUCGCAUGUUCCUCAACCAUUGGAGUCUGAAGAAGAUGAAGACGAGUCAUAUUUCUUUAGUGGAUUUACGUGGGAAUCAGUAGUCAUAGGCUACAGUUUCGGACUCGUUGUUGGAACUGUUGGGUGGAGCCUCAUGUUUAAAUAUCUAAAGCCAAAAUGGUAUGUGGACUUUUUUGAAGGUAUUUUUCCUAAGAAAAUGAGAAGGCCAAACAAGAGAGCUCAGAGACGACGGACUUAA